AUGAGACUCAUCAACGUGGACACGCUCCAAUUAGAGGAGUUUUUCGACGAUGACAUACCGGAGUAUGCCACACUUUCCCACACGUGGGGAAAAGAAGAAGUCUCAUUUCAAGACCUCUGCUGGCUACAUGAGUACGAAGGCGACCGCGAGAGUUUCGCAUCCAUUGAAACGCUUUUGUCGUCGCUUGGGCGCAGUUCUGUCGAAAAGGCUGCGAAGCUGCGUCAACGAGCCGGGUUCGAUAAGAUCAUGCAGACGGCUCGUCUGGCUAAGAUGAACCAGUUACGCUACGCCUGGGUCGACACAUGUUGCAUCGACAAAACAAGCAGCGCCGAAUUGUCCGAGGCCAUCAACUCCAUGUUCCGAUGGUACCAGGGCUCCAGGAUUUGCUACGCUCAUAUAUCUGAUGUGGUGCUGCACACAGAACAUUUCACAAAUAAUGGUGCAUGGGAAUAUGAGUUUGCAAGAAGCCGAUGGUUUACCCGCGGAUGGACACUUCAAGAGCUUUUGGCGCCGAGAAUCGUAUCGUUCUUCGACCGAAAUUGGAACUUCAUUGGAGAAAAAUCGACGCUUGCAGAGAUGGUUUCCACAAUCACCAAAAUACCUUGUGAUUUUCUAAACAGACACAGGCGGCUCCAGGAUGUAGCCCUCGCCAGCAGAAUGUCCUGGGCCAGCGGGAGACGGACGUCGCGCAAAGAGGACAUGGCGUACUGCCUGCUUGGUCUUUGCGAUAUCAACAUGCCGCUCCUCUAUGGGGAAGGCGAGAGGGCUUUUGUUCGGCUGCAACAAGAAAUCAUCAAGGAGUACUCCGACCAGAGUCUUUUUGCUUGGGGGAUCGACCAGGCCAUUGGCGAAACAAGCUCCAUCUUCGCUCCGUCGCCAGCAUUCUUCACCCGCGCCGGCUCGCUUUCGUUGGAAAAUUUCAACUCGUCCUCUUCGGACUUCCAGAUGACCAACAGAGGGCUACAGAUCGAGCUGCCUCUUGUCCGGCUACCUAUGUUCCAAGGAGCCCGCCGCGAGGUAUGCCACUACGCUAUAUUGGAUGUCAAAGACAGGGACCUCGGCCACCUCUGCUUCCCACUGUUCUCGCCUCGUCUUCACGAAGAUGGCACGCAGACUGGCGAUGAGUUUCUCAAGUCCCCGUUAUCAGCAAAUCCCACGUCGUCGGGCGCAUGA